CCAAAUGGAACCCUCGACUCUCCUCGCCGCCGAUUCCGCUAUCCCCCUUUGGGACGAUGAGCCCAUAGAAGGUGCAUUUCAAUUCGACGAUGCGCUAAACAAGCCCGAGAACGCAGUGGUCGCCAGCGUCGAACGGCCAUGGCUCUUCGGAUACAAGCCUACCUCAUCAUCAUCCAGUACCAGCAGCCAGCCCCGCGCAAUCCUCAUCCUUGGCGGCGGUGGCUACAUAGAGCUGAUGGCGGGCCGCGAAGGCGUUGCCGUCGCGCGCUGGCUUACUUCCCUUGGCUUCCACGCCUACGUCCUAGUCCACAGGUUCCCCAAUGCAAAGAUCUCGCCGCAAGCCCCGCUCGACGACGCCCGGCGCGCACUACGCUUGAUCGCCGAGAAAGGCUUCAAAACAAGCAUCUGCGGCUUGUCAUCUGGCGGGCAUCUCGCUGCGUCUCUGCUCUCGCAUUACCCGACCAUCUGGACAGAAAAAGACGCACGACCGCUUCCGGAGCUGGAGUUUGCCAUCGUGGGGUAUGCGCCGAUUAGCACAAAUGCCAAAGGGCGGACUGUGGUGGAGAAUAAACAGGCGCUCGAACCGCCGGAGAAACAGGCAUUCUAUGAUGCUGUGCAGCCGGAUGUGCAGUUGGUGGAUGCCAUGCCGCCGAUGUUCAUUGUCUAUGCAGGGAAUGAUCCUGUGGUGCCGGUUGCUAAUGCAUGGAGACUUGCGGAGGGGGUGAUGCGGAAAGGGGCGAAGGUUGAGUUGCAUAUUUUCGGGGAUGCGCCGCAUGGGUUUGCAUUGGAUACCAAGGGUUUACCAGUGACUGAAUGGCCGGGGAUGUGUGAGAAGUGGUUAGUACAAUUGGGAGUUUUGGGAAGUAUAUGAGAUGGAGUUAUUUUGGCCAAUACUUGGGACUUGGUACUUAAUUCUUUUAUAGCUUUUUGCUUAUCUAAAAACAUUCCUGAUCGAUUCAGAUGAAUGGACAGUAUAGUACUCAGCAAGGAGGAGGCUAUGGCAAUCGGGGUCAUGACAGCGUUGGCGUUGUGCAUUUAUCCCC